CCUGUGACGCAGUUUUCGCGCGCCCGCGUCGUUUGCAGCCGCGACGCUGAACAUGGCGCGUUCCUAGAAGCCGCUUUCGGCAUCAGUAGGCGGCAGCGUGUGGACAAGGCAGCGUGGGGCGCGGGAGCAACUGACGCCACUUUGUGUUGGGAAGUGGGAGCGGGACGGCCGUGUGGUUCCGGACCGAACCAAACGGUUUCCAUGGAUCUCAACAGUGCCAGCACUGUUGUUCUUCAGGUCUUAACGCAGGCCACCAGUCAGGAUACGGCUGUCUUAAAACCAGCGGAGGAGCAGCUCAAGCAGUGGGAGACACAGCCAGGGUUUUAUUCAGUGUUGUUGAAUAUUUUCACAAACCACACUCUGGAUAUAAAUGUUAGAUGGCUUGCUGUUCUGUAUUUUAAACAUGGAAUCGACCGCUACUGGAGACGUGUUGCACCUCAUGCUCUCUCUGAGGAAGAAAAAAGCACUUUGCGUGCUGGGCUGAUCACCAACUUCAAUGAACCAAUAAACCAGAUCGCCACGCAGAUUGCAGUGCUGAUAGCCAAAGUUGCUAGAUUGGACUGUCCGCGGCAGUGGCCUGAGCUGAUCCCCACGCUCAUCGAGUCUGUCAAGGUCCAAGACGACCUCCGACAGCACCGCGCCUUGCUCACCUUCUAUCAUGUCACCAAGACACUGGCGUCCAAACGACUGGCUGCUGACAGGAAGCUAUUUUAUGAUCUAGCAUCUGGAAUUUAUAGUUUUGCCUGUUCUCUGUGGAAUCACCAUACUGACACAUUCCUGCAGCAAGUUUCUUCAGGCAAUGAAUCUGCAGUUCUUAGUUCACUAGAACGAACUCUGCUGUCAUUAAAAGUGUUACGUAAAUUGACUGUUAAUGGAUUUGUGGAGCCACACAAGAAUAUGGAGGUGAUGGGUUUUUUGCAUGGAAUAUUUGAACGUUUAAAACAGUUUCUGGAAUGCAGUAGAAAUAUAACUGCAGAUAAUGUAUGUAGAGAUAGAUUGGAAAAGACCAUCAUUCUCUUUACUAAAGUGCUUCUGGACUUCUUGGAUCAGCAUCCCUUUUCAUUUACUCCUCUAAUUCAGAGAUCCCUGGAAUUUUCUGUAAGCUAUGUUUUUACCGACGUUGGUGAAGGUGUUACGUUUGAGCGAUUCAUAGUCCAGUGCAUGAAUCUUAUUAAGAUGAUUGUCAAAAAUUAUGCUUAUAAGCCAUCUAAAAAUUUUGAAGAUAGCAGCCCCGAAACACUUGAAGCCCACAAGAUUAAAAUGGCAUUCUUCACGUAUCCUACCUUGACAGAGAUCUGUCGAAGAUUAGUCUCUCACUAUUUUCUGCUAACCGAAGAGGAACUGACCAUGUGGGAAGAAGACCCGGAAGGCUUUACAGUGGAAGAAACAGGAGGAGAUUCUUGGAAAUACAGUUUGAGGCCUUGUACUGAAGUACUGUUUAUAGAUAUAUUCCAUGAAUAUAACCAGACUCUCACCCCUGUGCUUCUGGAGAUGAUGCAGACACUUCAAGGGCCAACCAAUGUGGAAGAUAUGAAUGCAUUAUUAAUCAAAGAUGCUGUGUAUAAUGCUGCUGGAUUAGCCGCUUAUGAGCUGUUUGACAGUGUUGACUUUGAUCAGUGGUUUAAGAACCAACUUCUCCCAGAACUACAAGUCAUUCACAACAGGUAUAAGCCGUUGCGGCGCAGGGUGAUUUGGCUCAUUGGUCAGUGGAUUUCUGUGAAAUUCAAGUCUGACUUACGACCCUUGCUUUAUGAAGCAAUCUGUAACUUACUUCAAGAUCAAGAUUUAGUGGUCCGUAUUGAAACAGCUACAACUCUGAAGUUAACUGUUGAUGAUUUUGAAUUUAGAACAGAUCAGUUUCUACCGUAUUUGGAAACCAUGUUCACGCUACUUUUUCAACUACUGCAGCAAGUUACCGAGUGUGACACAAAGAUGCACGUUCUGCACGUUCUUUCUUGUGUGAUUGAAAGAGUCAAUAUGCAGAUCCGACCCUAUGUUGGCUGUUUGGUGCAGUACUUGCCUCUGCUCUGGAAGCAGAGCGAGGAGCACAACAUGCUGCGCUGUGCGAUUCUGACCACGCUGAUUCAUCUUGUUCAGGGAUUAGGUGCAGACAGCAAGAACGUAUACCCUUUCCUGCUGCCCGUUAUUCAGCUGAGUACGGAUGUUUCCCAGCCUCCACAUGUGUAUCUUCUGGAAGAUGGUUUAGAAUUAUGGUUAGUAACAUUGGAAAACAGUCCAUGUAUUACACCAGAGUUGCUUCGUAUAUUUCAGAAUAUGUCACCGCUUCUUGAACUAAGUUCAGAAAAUCUCAGAACCUGCUUUAAGAUCAUCAAUGGUUAUAUCUUUUUAUCAUCAACAGAAUUUUUGCAGACAUACGCAGUAGGUCUGUGUCAGUCUUUCUGUGACUUGUUAAAGGAAAUUACUACAGAAGGUCAAGUUCAAGUGCUCAAGGUUGUGGAAAAUGCUCUUAAAGUGAACCCAGUGUUAGGCCCGCAAAUGUUUCAACCAAUUUUACCCUGUGUUUUCAGGGGUAUCCUAGAAGGGGAGAGGUAUCCUGUGGUGAUGUCCACGUAUCUUGGUGUUAUGGGUCGAGUCCUGCUACAAAAUACUAGUUUCUUUUCUUCACUGCUCAAUGAGAUGGCACAAAAAUUUAAUCAGGAGAUGGACCAGCUUUUGGGAAACAUGAUUGAGAUGUGGGUGGAUCGGAUGGACAACAUCACGCAGCCCGAGAGGAGGAAGCUUUCAGCUCUGGCUCUGCUGUCUCUCCUGCCGUCUGAUAACAGUGUUAUCCAGGAUAAAUUCUGCGGGAUUAUAAACAUCGCAGUGGAGGGCCUGCACGACGUCAUGACUGAAGAUUCGGAAACAGGAACUUACAAAGACUGUAUGUUAAUGUCCCAUCUUGAAGAACCAAAAGUGACAGAGGAUGAAGAACCACCUACAGAACAAGAUAAGAGGAAAAAGAUGGUAAGUUACAAAGUGCUUUUAAAAAUUGAGCACCAUGUGUCAUCAUCAUCUUCUGUAGAUGAGACGUUCACCUGUUGA